CUCCCAAGAAGACAAGACGAGGGCUCAUCGACGGUCUAGGAACGAUAGCCAAAACACUCUUCGGCACAAUGGACGCAGACGACGAAAGAAUUAUAAAAGAGCAAUUAAAUCUCAUGCAAAGGAAUCAGCAAACGCUGCAGCACGCGAUGAAAAAUCAGAUUAAAAUAUUAAACGCAACAAUUGCGCAUGUGGAUAAUGUUGAAAAAGUUCUGCAGGAAAAUGAAGAACAAUUCUUAAAUAUAACAGAGAAGAUGCGACAAGCCUGGAUACAAACAGAAGUCGGAUAUGGACAACGAGAGGAUCUCGACGAACACUUCAUAAUAUUAAAUGCCAUAAUAAAAGAUCUAACGAACGAUCUUAUGGAUAUUAUCGCGCAUCUGACUAACGCGAAAAGAGGGGUAAUCGACAUAAGAUUAUUACCCAUAGAAAGCAUCCUAGAUAACCUCAAGGAAAUAGCGUCACAAAUACCGCAGGGAACGCACUUCCCAUUUCAAAUAUCCGCAGAGAAUUGGAGAACAACUGAAAAGUUCUUAACAAUUAGCGCAUACUACGAUAAUACAAAUAUAUUUACGAUUAUAAAGAUUCCGCUAAUCACAUACCCCGAGUGUGAAAUAAUAAAGGCAAUCCCAUUACCUAUGCACAAAUUUAAUAACACAUUUAUAUUUAUAGAAGUAAAUCAACCGAUAAUAGCGAUAGACGUAGAUAGCCGAACGUAUUUUACGCCUACCGAAAACGAUCUAAAUAAAUGCGUGCGAAAUAACGAUUAA